AUGAAACAAAAAAAAUUAUACUCUCCCCACCAUCAAAGCAAUAGUUUCAGCAGGUUCACUAGCUAAUAAGAUCUUUGUAUUGAUUCUUCAUAUAUUUCAAAAUAUUUAGGAUAGCAAAAACAUUUGCAAUCUCCUUAAAAAUUGAUGUCCACUAUGUACUUGAAUAGAUUCGAAACUAAUACUCUUAAUUCACCAUUAAGUGAUAGAAGUCAUAGCAACAAUAAAUACAAGCAAUUAACUAAAAAUUAUUUUCAAAAAAAAUACCUUCUAUUGACAGCAGGGAAUGAGAAGAGUAUAAAAGCAUGGAGAAAUUACUUAAUUAAUAGUUUCAGGAAAAAGAUGGAGGAAUUUUUUAAUCUCAAGAAACUCAUUCUAUCCCCUUAGAACAGAGGAAGAAAACUUAAAUUAGGACGAUUCGACAAUCCCAUCAAACAAUUUUGCUAUUUGAGUGAUGAAAUUAUUGCUUUGAAUGCAUUAGCCAAAUAAAAAGUUCCUGGAAUUGAUUUAAUUUAAGAACAGGACAAAUUAAUCAAAACCAAUUACCAAUAUCUAAAGAAUUCAGACAAUGUGGAUUACGAUUCUAAGUAAGACUAUCUAAUUUAUAAGGAUGCAGAGCAUGAUUUCAUAAUACGAAGUUAUUAUUAAUAGAAUAUAGAGAGAAGCAUUCAAAAUUCAUUUGCCUAAUUACAUUCAAGUCAAGAUGCAGAAUUACAAUGACUUCUAUGAUGUAGAUAAUAAACAUGCAAAUCCCUAUUUCAGUUCAAAAUUGUAUGAUUCUUGUUAACAAUUGAAAUUCUAAAACAAAAAACUAGUUAAGAAUUCUCAAUAAACAUCUAUAUGUGAAAAUAUUUAAUUUUCGAAAUUUGAUGAACCUAUUUAAAAAAAUGAUAAUACUAUAUAGCCACAAAAAAGCUUAUCAAAACCAUUAGUUUUAGAAUAAAAUUUGUAAUCAUCUGAUCUUAUAAAGAACGACUAUAUUUUAUAUAAUGAUCAUGAAGAUGAAGUGGCAUUUGCAAAAUAAACUUGCAAAUCAAAGUCAGAGCGAAAUAAAUGCGUGAAACGUAAAUUCAGAAUCAAAAAGCCCCAUGAAUUGUAAUAAAAUACUUAGGUUAAUUUAUCGGAUCAUCGGUUUGUCGAUUACAUGCUCAGCCUUGAGGAUGUUUACGAUUGCAAUUUAGAACAAUUCAAAUUUAACUUGCCUCUUGAAUUUGAAUAAUGCAAUCAUUUAAAUCUAGAUGACUAUGAAUUUGUAGAUACUGACGAGGAAAAAGC